AUGGAUGUAACUCCACAAAACGUUGAUGAAUAUGGCGAUGAUAAAAAGAUGGACGUUCAACAGCCUAAAAAGCGUAAACAGAAAGGUCCACUAGACAGGUUUGUGACUUCCACUCCUGCAGAUAUAAUGCAAGGAAGGAAGGAGAGAAAAGGAGUUUUUGGUGCAUGUGAUAAAGAAUUAAGGGACAAGGUCUGUUUAGGCAUAUCUAAGUGGUUUACUGAUGCUGGGCUUGCAUUAAACGCUGUCACUUACGAGAGUUUUGCAGAGAUGAUUGAGUUAAUAGGGCAGUAUGGUCCAGGAUUGAAGCCACCGAGUAUGUAUGAGUUAAGAGUUCCUUUUCUUAAGAAACAAGUCGAAGAUACUCUUGCUCUAAUCAAGGAUAAUAAGAAAGAGUGGGCAUCUAAUGAGUGCUCUCUUAUGUCUGAUGGAUGGCGCGAUUCGGUCGUACAGAAAGAUAUUGUUAACUUUCUUGUUAAUUCUCCGAAGGGUUCCGAUUUCAUCAAAUCGAAAGAUGUCUCUGAAGUCGUGAAAGAUGCAAAUUGCUUAUUUAACUUGCUUGAUGAAAUGGUUGUGGAGGUAGGAGAAAAGUAUGUCGUUCAAGUCGUAACGGACAAUGCAUCAGCGUACAAAAAAUCUGGGGCAUUACUAGAGGUAAAACGACCAAAUUUUUAUUGGACUCCUUGUGCUGCACAUUGCAUUGAUUUGAUGUUGGAAGACAUUGGAGAAAUACCACAAGUGAAGAAUACAUUGAAGAAAUGUAUUUACAUAAAUGGCUAUAUUUAUAGUCAUGUCAAUCUUGUGAACACGAUGAGAAGGUUCACAAACCAACACAAUCUGCAUAGGCCUGCUGUGACUAGAUUUGCUACAUCUUUCAUCACUCUUUCACAAUUUCACAAGAAGCAGAACAACUUGAGGAAGAUGGUGACUUCUGAAGAGUGGAAUGCUUCUAAAUGGCCAAAGGAAGCUGGAGGAAAGAAAGUGCAAACGUAUCUGUUGCAAUAUACUUUUUGGAGACAUAUUUUAUAUGCUUUAAAAGUGACAGGUCCAUUGGUUAGUGUGCUUAGGAUGGUUGAUGGAGAGAGAAAACCACCAAUGGGAUAUAUUUAUGCAGCCAUGGACAAAGCAAAAGAGGCUAUUGCUAAUAGUUUCAAUCUGAGGGAGGAGCAAUACGGAAAAGUCUUUGAGAUUAUUGACAGAAGAUGGGACUGUCAGCUUCACCGACCUUUGCAUGCAGCAUGUUAUUUUCUGAACCCAGCGAUCCAGUAUGAACAUCCUGAUGAUUUACGUUGUGCGGAAGUGGAAAACGGGUUGUAUAAAUGCAUUGAAAGGCUGGUUCUUGAGCAGGAGAUUCAAGACAAAAUAUUGGAUGAGUUGGAUGCAUUUAAAAAUGCAACUGGUAUCUUUGGUAAUACAAUGGCAAAGAGGCAAAGAUCGAAAAAGUCACCAGCGGAAUGGUGGUCAUGUUAUGGAUCUUCAGCUCCAAACCUCAAGAACUUUGCCAUAAAAGUUCUUAGUCUCACUUGUAGCGCUACUGGUUGUGAGAGAAGUUGGGAUGUUUUUCAACUUCUUCAUACGAAGAGGAGAAAUCGAUUGGCCCAAAGUCGAUUGAAUGAUAUGGUUUUUGUGAAAUAUAAUCGUGCUUUGCAACGUCGAUACAAGCGAAGUGAUACCACUGAUCCUAUUCUCUUGGAAGAAAUUUAUGAAAGCAACGAGUGGCUACUUGGGAGAAUGGACGGGAACUCUUCAGAUGAAGACAAUGCUUUGGUGUUUGAAGAUGAUGAUUUGACAUAG